CCAGCUUCAAGGCACUCGAGGAUGGUGAGUGCCCUGGAGAGGACUCCACUCCAUGAUGGUUACGUCCCCUAUCCAUGGGACCGGAGAAUGCACGAGAUGAUGUCAGUCCCUAGCUCAAGCAGCUUCUACUCCGUUUUGUUCCUGCCGAAAGCCUCCAAUGGAGUUGGUACACUUUAUAAUGACAUGGAAGACACGCUAGCCCGGGCCCACACGUGGAUCAAUGCUUCCCAGGCAUCCGGUGUUCCCGCUCUCUUGAUCAACAUUCAAACCGAAUCCCUCCUCACUAAGGUAUCUGGAGAAACUGCUUCUUCGACUGUAAAUUCUGGAUCAGUAUCCGAUUUGUCGAACCUUGCGAACACAAGCCUGUACGGUUUUGAGGAUUACCAUGGAGUCGACAUUGGUGUCGUGAGAGGGGUUCGUUUGUGGUUCUCCCCUCUUGCAGGGGAGAUCCCCAUCGAGAUCAGAAUUGAAGAAGACGACACGAAACUCGGCUUUGCCAUCAGCAGAACAGAAGAGGGAUUCAUAUACAUAUCAUCCGUGAUGCAAUCAUCGGACGACAAUCAUGAAACCCCGUCAUCUCGUUCGGGGCUGAGCCAGCUGUACAAGCAGGCUUGGGCUGCCUCCCGUCUCCUGGUGGUUUCGCGAGUGUCGAACCAAAAGGUGGUCCCAUGGGUGGUGUCCUCAGCGGGUGCUGUCCGGUGCUUCGACACGGUGUCCCUCAGUAGGAAGCUCUCCCUCCACCGUCACACUAGGAUUCCAAUUCUCUUGCACGUGCUCAUUUGGGAUAAAAGCGUAAAUUACGCGAAUGCAGGAAGCAUCCGUGCCCGGGCCAUGUCGACUGAGGUCCACCUAGCGAGCCCGGCCGUUAACGAGAGUGGUCGGGUGGUGGAGGGUUUUGAUCGUGUGGAUGAGAAUGAGAGAAGAGCAGGAGAUGGUCAUCAGCUGGAAAGAGAUACGGCCGGUGAGUUUUCGUUCCGGUUUCGUGAUUUCGGCAUCACUGAUAAUUGGCGCCGGGAUGGUGAUCUCCGGCGCGCUGAGGUGCGGCAGGUGGCCUUCGGUGGGCAGCACCUCCAUGACGGACUUCCCACCCAGGUUCCGACGGAGGUAUUCCCCCACCACCAAAGGCACCAUCUUGUCCUUGGAGCUCUGGAUGAUGUGGCAUGCGACGGUGACUUGGCUAAGGUCGAAAGAGUUCAACAUACGACACACGCUGAGCGCUAUGUCUGGCCGCACGUUGAACAGUGUCCGGCUGAACUCCUGAAUUGUUGCACUCGAUUCCAGGUCCCCACCCACCAGCAGCGGCGCAUACCCCGAUGCCAUCGCCUUGUAGUUCUCCACCACGGCCGCAUUCCACUCAUCCAGCUCAUGCUGCUCAAAACCACCAUAGUAGUCUUCCGUUCCGGUCGGAAAAUGGAUGCCACAACGGCAGCCAUGGCAGACAUGGAGUGGCCGACAUAA